AUGCAGAGCCUUAGCAAGAAGAAUCACAGCUCUGUGUCUGAGUUCCUUCUCCUAGGCUUCUCCAGUGAGUUGCAUGUCAGAACUGCCCUGUUCACUUUUUUCCUCCUUCUCUACAUCAUCACCCUUCUGGGCAAUGGACUCAUCAUCACCCUGAUCUACCUGGAUUCACACCUCCACACACCCAUGUACUUCUUCCUCAGCAUCCUCUCCUUGGUGGACAUGAGCUAUGUCACCACCACUGUGCCCCAGAUGUUGGUUAAUAUGGUGCGUCCAAGGAGGAUGAUCUCCUGGGGAGCUUGUGUAGCCCAGAUGUUCAUUUUCUUGGUCCUGGGCAUUGCUGAGUGUGUACUCUAUGCUGUUAUGGCCUAUGACAGGUAUGUGGCCAUUUGCUUCCCCCUCCACUAUACCCUGUUCAUGAGCCGUGCCAUCUGUAUCAAGAUGGUCACAGUCUGUUGGCUCAUUAGCAUAGCUGGGGCUCUUAUCUACACUGUCUUCACCAUGCGUCUGCCUUAUUGUGGUCCCUACAAGAUAAACCACUUCUUCUGUGAGGUCCCUGCUGUCCUGAAGCUGGCCUGUGCAGACACCUCCUUCAAUGACCAGUUGGAUUUCGUCUUGGGUUUCAUCCUUCUUUUGGUGCCACUGUCCCUUAUUCUGGCCUCUUAUGUCCGCAUCUUUGCCUCCAUCUUGAGGAUCCGCUCAUCCCAGGGGAGGUUCAAGUCCUUCUCCACCUGUAUUUCCCAUGUCACUGUGGUCACCAUGUUCUAUGGGCCGGCCAUGAUCAUGUACAUGAGACCUGGCUCCUGGUUCAACCCAGAGCGGGACAAGAAGUUAGCCCUGUUCUACAAUGUUGUCUCUGCCUUCCUCAACCCCAUCAUCUACAGCCUCCGGAACAAGGAUGUAAAGGGGGCCUUUCUGAAGGUAUUUGGUGGCAGAGGGAAAGCUCAGUGACCCAGGAUGUUUCAGAGUUGUCCUGAGUCCUGAGCAGACUUGACAUGUCUCAUGUGGUUUCAUAAAAACACAUCAGUUUGCAUCAACUUGAGGCUUCCUGGGGCUGUGAGCCAGUGAAAGAGGGUGUGGCCACCCUUAAACUGAAAGUCUCCCCAUUGGCUGGAGAAUUUUCAGCUGCUACCACCCAAUGACUCAGUUAAGUAUUGAAAGCAAAGGAAUUUUACCAUAAAAACUAUAUCCUGCUGUAUGGCUCAAGGUC